CCUUUGUAUGUCCCAUGCAGGGGCAAUGACGGUUCGUUUCUGGUUUCUUACCACGACUCUGGAACAAUUGGACGGAAGCCCGUCCCCAUCCAGCCAGCUUUUGGCUGAGGCUCCCCUCCCUCGCUCCAUUUACUAUGUACCUAUGCCCCCUUUGAUUGCGACGCUGUUCGUCCAGAAGUUGCCCUUGUCUGUGCUUGCUCUCGAUACGAAAUAGCGGAAACGGAUGAUAGGGUCAGAGGAAACUGAUUUCCCCGAGGAGGCCCGCUUAUGGAUCUGGGGGCCACACGCAAUUCGAGAUCGUUCCUUGCGUUGGUCGUUUAAUUCCUUUCUCUCGUCUUUUUUUCUCCAUCUGGCUGGUUCUGUCUGUUCCACAUCCCGACAGAAGAACGAACGCAUCUUCCCGUCCGUUCGUCAGACAUGUUGUCGACUUUGAGUAUCCUUGUGGCUCUCGUCGCUCCAUGUCUUUGACGAUCCAUUCCUUUUUCUCUUGGUCUGAUUCUUUAUUCAUUUGUUUGUUUCCUUGGGUGCGAGCGCUCAGUGUUUUCUUUUUAGUCGUUAUUGAUACCCAAACUAUUAGGUUCUUUUCAUCUCCUGGGGGUGUCUUUCAUAAGGACAUCCUAUUGUUGACUGGCUCUGGGAGCGUCACUCAUUUUGUCGCUUUUUUCUCACUAUAUCCUGUACAUUCCACACAUUUCAAAACGCCCUACCUACCUUCAUUUACUCCCUUGUCAUCCGAGACAACCAUCUGCCUCGUCAUAUAAUACUCCCUGGGCACACCUGUCUUCAUAUAUUGGGACUUCGCUCGCGACCGAUCAUCAUCCGAUAUCGACACGAGUUUUCCACAACCUUAACGAUAACGCUGGACUGACGACCAUUCUAAACAUUUACCUAUUCGAGCUGCGCUUUGGCCCGAUCCGAACGACGGUAUUUGAAAAUCCGGCUUUGUUAGGACAGGAAAACAAUCAGACGACCAUACCAUACUACAACGAGACCAGAAGGCCUUUUGGAAUGCACCCAGAUCUCUUGGCGUGCACAGCUAUUCGAACUUUGAUCGAGUCAAACAAGAGGAGUUGGCCCCGGCACAUCGCUCCAGGCUUCCGUAUAAGCCAUUGUACAUAACCAGCCAUACAUUAAUAUGGCUUCGUCCAUGAGGAAUUGGAUGCGGAGUAGCACCGUUAUCUCUCCCGCUCCAGGUCAGGCUGUUAGGGGUGUUGAGGGGCAACAGGAACUCUCACAAGCACAAGCACAAUCGCAACCGCAACCCUCUUUUCACACGCCCGCACCACAACAGCCAGAGAUGGAGGAGAGGCGAGGUGCAGAUGCCCCUGGCCGAUGGCGUUUCUCGCGCUCCACGAUACCCUCCUUCUUCGGAGGCAGAAGGGACUCCCAACAGAGGCAACCUCCUCAUCAGGCCGAAAUGCCCCGUCCCACCAGCAGCCAUUAUUCGGAGGUCGAAUCGCCCAAGUCUCCGCGCUUCGACCUCGGCAUGCCACCGCUACCAAGCACCCGCCUGCACCUCCCAAACCUCGCGCGAACAUGGAGUCACGGUACCAACGGGCCCCCAUCGCGCCCCGGGACCUCUCGCGCACCGAUGCCGCCGUUGAUACAGGUGCAAGGCGUUGACAACAGACCACCAUCGUUGGUGGACGGGCCCAUGUUCCCCGAGGUGGCGUCACCGAGGGCUGCUCAUAUUCCCGACCGCCCCAGGAGGUCCGAGGAGACCUCGUCUGGUGAAUCUACCGGUCAGACGGCAGAACCGGGCCACGAGAGGAGACGCCAUCGCCAUCGCCAUCGCCACAGGAUGGAGAACGAGACAGAGGAAGAGCGCCGGCAGAGGAGACGGGAGAGGCAUCGAAGACGGCGAGCGCGGGAACGGCGAGAAACUCGUCCUAGUUCCAAGAGGUUUCUCGGCUGCUUCCCUUAUCCACAGUCCAAGCAUGUCCGGACUCAACUACUGAAGUGUUUCGUUUCGGGCAUGUUUCUUGUGGGCCUCUUGAUAACCUAUCUCACCCUAUUCCUGACCAACAACAUGGCGACAUCCGAAUUCACCGUCCUCCUGGUGCUCAUCAUGCUUUUCACGGCCAUCAUCUUCCUCCACGGCAUGGUACGGCUGUGCAUGUACAUGCUCAAGACGCCGGCGGGCCGUCGCGAGCACGACGAGCGCCUGUCGGCCGAGGAACGCUCAAUCCUGCGCCGGAACCGCGCGGCGAUGCAACAGGCGUACGCGCCCGGCGGCUACGCGAUCCCGGAGCAGCCCAUCCGCGUCGUGCUGGCGCGCGACGAGGAGGCCGCCGGCAUCGAGAGCGAGACCACAAAGUACAAACCUCCCGCGUACGGCCUCUGGCGCGAGAGCGUCCGCGUCGACCCGAACCGCAUUUACUGGCAGCGUAACGAGCACCCAGCGCUGCGCGGCGGCGGUGGCGGCGAAUCAGGCAGCGAGGAGGAGGCCGGCGCAACCGGGGUCAGGAGACCACCGUCGUAUGCGUCGGACGAUGGCGUUAGCUAUGUGGUCGAGGCAAGGCCGCGGAGCAUGGCGCCGACCAUGGACGUACCGCUCCCGCCGCAUCCUUCCGAGGUUGGUAGGGGUGGCACGGCGCCGUUGCCGAACUCGCGUUGGUGAUGUUGUAUAAAGGUUUAGAUUACUAGUUUUAUUCUAGCGUCUCUUGCGCUUGUCUACCUAGAGUGCCAAAUAAACAGCAGCGUGGCAUCGAUA